GAGAAUUCCAAAUUAGAAAUGAGUACCCAAAAAUUUUAAAAAGAAGAAAUUUGAAACACAAGAAGAAAAAGCUUAAUUUGUUAAAGUUGAGUAAAAAUUCAACUACAAAUUUAGCAAGUGACUAAAAAUGAUCAUAGGAUCUUUGCACAAGAGUUUCCUCACAAACCCACUAAUCUUUCAAACCCAAAAACCUAAACCCAGAAUCACAAAUCAUUUCUUCAUUGUUUCCUGCAAAUACCCAUCAAAUGAUCACCAAAAUCAAAAUGAUUCUUCAAGAAAAGUAGAGAAUCAGCUGGCAAAGCUAGCAAUAGUGACAUUAGCAGCAGGAGUGUUGACUCUAGGGUCAGUUGGUGAUGCAUCAGCUGCCAAAUCUGGUGGGCGUGUUGGUGGUCAGGCUUUCCGCUCUUCUGCUCCUCGUGCUUCUUCUCCUAGAGUUAAUUCAAGGACAAACAUUUAUGUGAAUCCACGCGUAGCUCCACCCCUUGUUGGUGGCUACGGAUAUGGCCUUGGAUCCCCGUUCUAUGGUGGAUGGGGUUGGUCCCCAUUUUCAUUCUUUUCCCCAGGCCCCAGUGCUGCGCUAGGUAUAGGAGGUGGAUUCGAUCUCAUUGUCUUCUUCAUGGUGUUUGGAGCGGUUUCAGCUGUUGUUAGGAGAUUAUUUGGAUCAAGGAGGGAGGAGGACGAUGAUUUCUAAAUGAUCAUGUCAAUCUUUUUUGUACUAUAAAGUAGCAUACCCAAAGAAUUUCGAGUACUUCUAAUUGUAUAUGAUUCUGAUGCUUUGCCACCCAUAGGCAUGCGUGUAGAUGUAUGUAAUUUCUCCUGAAAGAUGAAUAUCAUUAUCCUAAUGCGUUUUACUGUCUUCUGUUGCUUUAAGACGAACUCCUCUGAAGAGGAUUAUAAUCAUUGGCAUACAGUUUUUGCUCA